UACCCCACCAGGCAGUGGCAGGCAGCAGGCUUACCCUUUUGUCUCCCCUUUUAUUUAUUUAUUUAUACUCCCCACAUCUCACCUCCAUCGUCUCCUUCAGUGCUUCUAAAAUGGCCCCUAAAGCCGGAGCUGCGCUCUUUUCCUUCUUCCUCCUCCUCCUCCUCCACUCCGCUUCCUCCGGCUUAUCCCUGGAAUACCAUGCUCUGGCUUUGCGGUCCCUCCCCAGCCCAAAUCCCCUUUCGUGGAUCGACCAAGAAUCUGAAUCCGAAUCUGAGGACGAAGAAGCCACCCUCUCCGUCCAGUUACACCACCGGGACUCUCUCUUCUUCAAUGCCACCCCAGACAGGCUCUUCGCCCUCCGCCUCCAACGCGACGCCGCGCGCGCCAAAAAGCUCGCCGCCGCCGUCAAGCGCGCCGUUAUCGGAACCGGCGACUUCAGCAGCUCCGUGAUCUCGGGCCUCGCCCAGGGCAGCGGCGAGUAUUUCACGCGCCUGGGCGUCGGCACGCCGCCCAAGUACGUCUACAUGGUGCUCGACACCGGCAGCGACGUUGUUUGGAUCCAGUGCUCCCCCUGCCGGCAAUGCUACUCCCAGUCCGACCCGGUCUUCGACCCCACCAAGUCCUCGUCGUAUGCCAACGUCCCGUGCGGCUCGUCCCUCUGCCGCCGCCUCGACUCGCCUGGCUGCAACCAGCGCCGGAUGUGCCUCUACCAGGUCUCCUACGGCGACGGCUCGUUCACUGUUGGAGAGUUUGCCACCGAAACGAUGACGUUUCGGAGGAGUCGAGUCGACCAGGUUGCCAUUGGAUGCGGCCACGACAACGAAGGCUUGUUCGUCGGAGCCGCCGGGUUGUUGGGUCUGGGCCGGGGGAAGCUCUCAUUCCCCAGUCAGGCUGGAGCCCGGUUCGGCCGGAAGUUCUCGUACUGCAUGGUGGACCGAUCGGCUUCUUCCAAACCGUCUUCCAUUGUCUUCGGCGGCUCGGCGGUUUCGCGAAACGCCAUGUUCACACCGUUGCUCACGAACCCGAAGCUCGACACUUUCUACUACGUCCGGCUCACCGGCAUCAGCGUUGGGGGCGCCCGAGUCCGGGGCAUUACGACGUCGCUUUUCGAGCUCGACACCGAGGGGAACGGCGGCGUCAUCAUCGACUCGGGCACGUCCGUGACCCGCCUGACCCAACCCGCGUACGUGGCAAUGCGCGACGCAUUCCGGGCCGGAGCGUCCCACCUGAAGCAGGCGCCCGACUUCUCCCUGUUCGACACGUGCUUCGACCUCUCCGGGAAGACGGAGGUGAAGGUCCCGACGGUGGUGAUGCACUUCGCCGGAGCAGACGUGUCGCUGCCAGCGUCGAAUUAUCUCAUCCCCGUGGACACCAAGGGCACCUUCUGCUUUGCCUUCGCGGGCACGAUGAGUGGGCUAUCCAUAAUCGGGAACAUCCAGCAACAGGGUUUCCGGGUCGUGUACGAUGUGGCGGGUUCCCGGAUCGGGUUCGCUCCUGGCGGAUGCGCUUGAUUGGCUUCUACUGUGCGGCCUUGUUUGGAUGGAGGGAAAAAUUCUUUCCCGGCUAGGGUUUCUGCUUUUCUUUUUUUAUUUUUUUGGGUUUUCUUGAGGAGCCAGCCAGCCAAAUACCUGCAAAAGGAGGCAAAGAUUGAAACUUGCAAGCUCCAAGUGGUUUGUCUGUUGUAUUACUUAUCCCAACCCUAAUUUAGUGUUCUAAUUAAUUAAUACAGGGUUUAGGGUAAAGAUGAACCAUGAAUAUUAAUGGAACCACCCUUACCCUUACAUUGGAUGAACAGAAGAGAUGAUCUGAUGAUCAUUUUACUAACACAAUCAUUCGUCAAACCCUCAGCAGACAGAGACAGAUUCUCAUGGCGGCGGGCUGGGGCAGAGUCAACAUGAGUGGGCACCGAUUGCCGAAAUCUGCGUCGAAACUCGUGGGACUGGGAGCAUCUGCAUCUGCCCCUGUUCCCUGUUGCAACACACUUGGUACUUAUUAUUUUAUGCAUGUUUAUGUUUUGUUGGUCAUAACAACUACGAACGAUGAUAAGAAUCCUUCCUUCCUUUCUUCCUUGGUCUGUUCAAUAAUAUAAGUUAGUUAGUGUGAUAUUAAUGCAAUUAGAUAGCGCCUCUUGGUGCUGGGUGUUGGGUCCUGAUAUCCCAUGAAAUCUGCAUCCAUAUUGCAAUCCAACAUAUUAUAUAUAAUAAUGCAU